AUGAAUGACAGGGUCACUAUCCAGACCAGGAAGUUCAUGGCCAACCGACCACUUCAGCGUAUACAAAUGGUCAUCGACAUUCUUCACCCUGGAAAGGCAACAGUACUUGAGACAGAAAUUCGGGAAAAACUAGCCAAAUUGUACAAGACUACACCAGCUGUCAUCUUCAUAUUUGGAUUCAGAACCCAUUUUGGUGGUGGCAAGACAAAUGGCUUCAGCAUGAUUUAUGAUUCCUUGGAUUAUGCAAAGAAAAAUGAACCCAAGCACAGACUUGCAAGAUAUGGCCUGUAUGAAAAGAAAAAGACUUCCAGAAAACAGCGGAAUGCAAGAACAGAAUGA